CGGCUUUCCUCGGUGUUCUUCUCUCACUGGGUUUUCUCAACUCCUCAUUUUUUCCGAAGAAAUUGAAAGAUUUUUCUCUCGAAUUUUCGUGUUUUUUUUUAAUAUCCGUGGAGCGAAGAGAUAUCGGACCAAUAUGCCCUUCCAUGCGAAUCGGAUACAGCAGGAGCAGGAGCACUGCAUCAUGGUCUCCGCCCUCAAGCACGUAAUCUCCGGUGGAAGCAUCAGUGGGCCCACACCUCAGCCAAUGCCGCCGGUCUACAAUGCCACGUCAUCCGUCUCGACGAGCGGCACCCAGUUGGCAGCGGGCCAACCAGCACAACAGGACAACUACUUCUCGCCAUCGUUGCCGAAUCAAAACAGGAACCAGCAACUGAGUUUGGGAACCGGGUUUGUCGGGAUGAAUGCGCCAACUACGAGGAAGAGCAAGAACAAGUACAGGGGCGUCAGGCAGAGGCCGUGGGGGAAAUGGGCGGCCGAGAUUCGAGACCCACGACGGGCGGCGAGGGUGUGGCUAGGGACGUUCGAGACGGCGGAGGACGCGGCCAGGGCUUACGACAAGGCCGCCGUCGAGUUCCGCGGAAAUAAGGCAAAGCUCAAUUUCCCAUCGGACCCGGGCGGUCACAUUGUCACGACUAACGACAGUUCUAGUAGUGGAACUAGUGCUAAUGCCAGUAUUAAUCCAGGAUUAAUUAAUAAGCAAAAGCAAAAGAAUAUUAGCGAAAUUGGGGUCAUGGAGAAGGAGGAGGAGAAGGUUGAUCAGGUCAAACUCAACCAGGCGACGCAGCCGGAGAAUAUGCAACUGGGGGUGGUGGCGACGGCGGAGAGCAGCGUUGGUCAUGAGGAGGAUGACCAGUUCUUGUUGUGGGACAAUGGCUGGCUCCGAGAUGGUGAAGAUGAUGACUUAAUGGCAUGGUUAUCCACGAACUAGUGUUUGUGCCUUUUUUGCUUGGCGUGACAGUUUUGGUGACGAGCCACUUGAAAUUUUGAAAAUUUUCUUUUGGUUAAACACUUGAAAUUUUAAUUUUUAUAAAUAAAAAAAAUAAAUUCGGAGUCAAAUUAAUGGUCAAAGUCCGAAAUGGUACGGGAAUAUUAUGUUAUUGUUCGGUA